GAUGGUUGAGAUAGAGAAAAGGCAGCAUCACCGCGCGCUCUGCCUCCGUUGCGUCCGCGCGAGCCUCAGCGAUUCGCUCCUUCAACAGCCGUUGCUUGUCCCUCACUGUGUCAACAUCCAGAGAACACUUCGUUUCCUUAAAUAACCUCAGCAGGGCAUGAACGCAGGAUUCUUAUCCAGCUAAAUUACGGAUUUAAAGCGGGGAGAGGAGAGCGUUUGUUCCCUGGACAUCAUUUGAAAUCAUGCCAGUUCCAGAGCAGCCUGCUGAGGCAGAGAAUGCCACCAUGCUCAGCCCAGGACUGAACGCUUCUAAUGGCGAUGGAUCUGAGACUGAGACCACCUCUGCCAUUCUGGCUUCUGUGAAGGAGCAGGAACUGCAGUUUGAAAGAUUAACUCGAGAGCUGGAGGCGGAGCGUCAGAUAGUAGCUACUCAGCUGGAGCGAUGCAAACUGGGAUCUGAGACAGGUGGCAGCAUGAGCAGUAUCAGUUCAGCCGAUGAGCAGUAUCGCUGGAAUACCCAAGAUGGACAGAAAGACAUCGAGGAAGAACUAAACACAGGUCUGGAACUGGUGGACUCGUGCAUCCGCUCUCUACAGGAGUCUGGGAUCUUGGAUCAUCAGGAAUAUACCACAGCUGAUAGACCGAGUCUGCUCUCUCAGAGCUCACUGCAGCUCAGCUCGAACCCAGAGGGCUCCCUCCAGUACUCCGCCAGCUACCAUAGUAACCAGACCCUGGCCCUGAGCGACUGCUUGUCCGCACCACAAUCUCAGCAGCCUCAGCCCCCUCCUCGCUCCAGCGGGCAGCCCGGAGGAGCCGUGCACAGCUACAACCAGGUGACAUCUAACCGCGCAGCCCAGCUUGCGGCGGGCGACUCUUGUCAGAGCCAUGGCGGUGCCCUGCUGUCCGAUUCCCAGCAUCCCUCUGCAGUGUCCGGCCCGGGACUGUAUUACUCCAGCUCUACUCUGCCUGCCCAGCGCGUCAGCUCGCCCCUAAACUCAAUGCAGUCCACGGCGGCCAGCGGAUCCCCAGCGAAACUGCAGCGUCUGGGUUCGGCCUCCGACACACCCGGAUACGCCACCACCCAGCGCCUGCCCUCCUCGUCCUCCUCGGCCUCCCCCAAGCCUUCCCCAGGCAGGCUUGCCAAAUCCUACAGCAGCAGCUCACCGAUCAAUGCGGUGGGCAUCGGAGGAUCGCCCGGGACUCACGCUUCAGGCUCCCCUCACCGGUUGGCGUCUCCGCCCAGUAACGCGUCGCCUAUCUAUCAGCAGCUGCAGACCGCGGGAGUGUCGUCUUACGCUACGCUUUCACCCACCAAAAGACUGGUGCACUCGUCUGAGCAGUACAAGAUAUCCCACGAUCUCUACGCCACCGCCACUCUACAGAGACCAGGCAGCCUUGCUGGAUCUCGAGGUUCGUACAGCAGUCAGCACGCUCACCUGGGCCCCGAACUGAGGCCCCUGCAGUCCCCCGAGCACCACAUCGAUCCCAUAUAUGAAGACAGAGUCUACCAGAAAGUCCCGAUGAGAAGCCUGAGCCAGAGCCAGGGAGAAGCGCUCCCUCCGGGCCACACUGGAACCUACCGGAAUAACACGGCCCCGUCCUCCCCCGGUGUUGACUCCGUACCCUUGCAGCGAACAGGAAGUCAGAAUGCCACAGGGACGUUUCCCAGAGGCGGCUAUGCCUCCGGUCAGGGCGCCAACUACACGGAUACUUACCGCACGUUGCCAUACUGCUCUUCAGUGGAGUCUCCCUACAGCAAGUCCGGCCCUGCCCUGCCACCCGAGGGCAACCUGGCCCGCUCGCCCUCCAUCGACAGCAUUCAGAAGGAUCCCAGGGAAUUCGGUUGGAGAGAUCCUGAAUUACCUGAAGUCAUUCAGAUGUUGCAGCACCAGUUUCCCUCAGUUCAGUCCAACGCAGCGGCAUAUCUGCAACACCUAUGCUUCGGAGACAACAAGAUUAAAGCUGAGAUACGGAGGCAGGGGGGUAUUCAGUUGUUGGUGGACCUGUUGGAUCACAGAAUGGCUGAAGUACACAGAAGCGCCUGUGGUGCCCUGAGGAACCUCGUUUACGGCAAAGCCAACGAUGAUAAUAAAAUCGCUCUGAAGAAUUGCGGUGGGAUUCCUGCACUGGUCCGCCUGCUGCGAAAGACCUCUGAUGUGGAAGUCAGAGAACUGGUUACAGGUGUAUUAUGGAACCUGUCCUCCUGUGAUGCUCUGAAGAUGCCAAUAAUCCAGGACGCUCUAGCCGUCUUGACCAACACCGUGAUUAUACCCCAUUCCACCUGGGACGUGUCCCCACAUCAGGAAGACCGCAAGCUUCAAAUGCACACGUCCCAAGUACUUCGCAAUGCCACCGGCUGCCUGAGGAAUGUGAGUUCGGCUGGAGAGGAGGCUCGGCGGCGGAUGAGAGAAUGCGAGGGUCUGACUGACACGCUGCUUUUCGUCAUCCAGACUUCCCUCGGAAGCAGCGAGAUUGAUAGCAAGACCAUAGAAAACUGUGUAUGCAUUUUGAGGAACCUCUCGUAUCGGCUUGCAGCUGAAACGUCUCAGGGACAGCAGAUGGGGACGGACGAGCUGGACGGCCUCCUGUGUAGCGAUGCCAGCGGGAAGGACGGAGAGACCUCAGGCUGCUGGGGAAAGAAGAAAAAGAAGAAGAAGUCCCAGGACCAGUGGGAUGGUGUGGGACCGCUGCCAGAUACUGCAGAGCCCCCCAAAGGGAUUCAGAUGCUGUGGCAUCCUUCGAUAGUAAAGCCCUACCUCACCCUCCUGUCUGAGUGCUCAAACCCUGACACGCUGGAGGGGGCUGCCGGGGCCCUGCAGAACCUGGCUGCUGGGAGUUGGAAGGUAAGCCCUAUGUGGUCAGUGUAUAUCCGUGCGGCGGUGAGAAAAGAGAAGGGUCUGCCCAUCCUUGUGGAGCUGCUGAGGAUAGACAACGACCGUGUGGUGUGUGCCGUCGCUACCGCACUCAGAAACAUGGCCUUGGACAUCAGAAAUAAAGAGUUAAUCGGUAAGUAUGCCAUGCGGGACCUCGUGCACCGGCUCCCAGGUGGGAGCAAUGCUAGCGGAAGCAGCGGGAGUACGGCAAACAGCACAGCGGGUAAAACCAUGUGCGAUGACACCGUUACGGCUAUAUGCUGCGCCCUACACGAGGUCAUCACCAAGAACAUGGAGAACGCCAAGGCCUUACGAGACGCCGGUGGCAUUGAGAAGCUCAUCGGUAUUGCUAGGAGUAAAGGAGACAAACACUCACCUAAAGUGGUAAAGGCAGCAUCUCAGGUCCUCAGUAGCAUGUGGCAGUACAGAGAUCUCCGGAGCCUUUAUAAGAAGGAUGGCUACUCGCAGUAUCAUUUUGUUGGCUCUGCCUCAACAAUAGAGAGAGACAGACAGAGACCGUACUCAUCCUCACGCACUCCGUCAGUAUCUCCGGUCCGGACAUCACCUAAUAACCGAUCAGCCAGCGCCCCCGCCUCACCCAGAGAGAUGAUCAGCCUCAAGGACAGGAAGAGCGACUACGACUCCACUGGAACCAACGCCAGUUACCAUGGAAACAAAGGAGAGCACACUUCCAGAAAAGACACAAUGGCAGUUCAAACCUCCUGUGGAACAUCCACAUUGUUCCGCAACUCGUACGAGACUUCAAAUGACGAGAUCAAACACAACCAGGUCCCAGUGCCGCCCGCACCACAGGAGCCGCCGCACAAGGACUACGAAGCGUACCCUAUCUAUCAAAACUCCACUAGGAACUUUGAGGAGCCAUUUUUUGAGGAUCAGGUCCAUCGCCCCCCUCCCGCCACCGAUCUGAAUAUGCACCUGGGACUCAAGUCCACCGGGAAUUACGUGGACUUCUACUCUGCCGCCCGGCCCUAUAGCGAACUCAACUACGAAACGAGUCACUACCCAGCGUCCCCUGACUCUUGGGUUUAGGACUUCCAGCACGUAGAGGCCGGGAAACUGCAUGUGCAUGCAUAUCACAAAACAUUUUUCAGCAAGUUUUGUUAGUCUAAGCUGGUUCCAUGGCGAAUACGAGUGGAGUAGAGAGAAAAAAAAAAAAAAAGAAAGCGAGAGAGAGAAAAGAAGGCCUUGACAGAGCGAGAAAGAAUGCAUGAGAUGAGAGAGAGCACAUACUUUAAAGGGAAGCGAAAGCUUAACCUUUGGAGUAGAAAGUGAGUUUGUAUUGAAAGGUAUUUGAAAAGUGUAGAGGAAAAAAACAGAAAUACAGCAGAGGAAGGCGAGGUAUGUAAGCACAAGAAAAUUAAGUUUGUAAAACGAGCUACGGGAACAGCUUUUCACCAUUUUCGAAACUUCCUUUUUCAUUUAUUUGGCGUCACGGUGGAUCAAAAGCUUUUUCUUUAUACGUUUUUCCACACAAUUUUUAUUUGAUCUUUUUUAAUUCGAUGUAAAGUAUUUGGUGUACAUUAAAGAGAUGCAUUACACAAGUGCAUUGUGUAAAUUACACAGACCACUCGGUUCUUCCCAUGGCUUUGGGUAUUUGUUUUACAGUACAAGAAAAAGACAAAAAACAAAAAAAGAAUCCUCGGAGAGAUGUGUUAACCUUCAGUGUCCCUUCCCCAAAAUUACAUGCGAAGAACAAGGAUGUAAAUGCCAGUAUCGUUCGUUCUGAAAACGUGAAUAUGUCUGUGGCAACUAAAACAAAAGCAGAUGAAGACCGGAGCAUCAUUCCACUCUCCUCUCCUCGUCGAUGAAGUGCUUUCUCACUGCCUACAAAAAUAGAUGUAGAUUUUUGACAUAGAUUCUUUUUUCAAUUUCAAUUUUUUUCUUUCUUGAUGACUCAGUGUGGAAUAAAAAUAAAUGCGGCUAUUUAUCAUCCAUAUUUGCAGGAAAACUGUCUGUUUUAGACCUCGAUCUCAGUUUUCCGUGCUAAGUGACUGUGCCAAAUUUUAAAAUCUCUUCAAUCAGCAUUGGAGACAUUUUUAAGUUUUUCAGUUAGUUAAUUCUUCGAUUUGUACCUGCGUUUCUUGUUCAUAAUUGUGUUUUACUGGAAUUAAGCGACAUCUAGAAAACACUGGAAUACUACCAGGAGGGCAAAACGUAACUUUGCGAGCUUAAUUCCCUCCAAAGAUGUACAAAAAAAACCCUGUCUCUCAAUGUUAGUUGAGUGUGUGCUGUAUGUCGAUCAGUGUUUGCUAUGAGAGACUUUGUUUCUGACAGGUGGCUUCUUCUGUUUGACUUGACCAGAGAUGAUGAACUGCUACACUGAGAUGUUAAUAGAGAAUGAUAAAUAUAUAAAUAUGAAUAUAAAUAUAGAUCUAUAUAAUUUUUAUGUGCUGAUGUCAGUGUCACCGAAAGCAACAAACCAGAAAAGACUUGUACAAAAAAAAAGAGAAACGAUUCUGUUUACCUUCAUGUUCUGAUUCCAACAGAGAAAAGAGAAAAUGAAACUUGAAAUGUUGACCUGGUCCCAGUUGUGUUGUUACCAAGCUACUAAAAUAAUCACGCUGGAUUUGGAUGAUGUUCUGAUGUCAGGACAAUAAAUUACUCUUUACGA